AUGCCAUCAAACACAGUCUACCCAGGGGGCAUCCACGUCCCCUCCCUGACCUUCUUCCAGGACAACCCGCGCCAGGACAUCGACUGGGCCACCCAGGAGAAACACCUCACCUUUCUCAUCCAGUCCGGUCUCCACGGCAUCGUCCUCGCCGGCUCCAACGGCGAAGCCGUCACGCUCAGCACCGCCGAAAAAACCUCCCUCGUCAACCUCACCCGCACGCUCGCAACCCGCCUCAACCGCCCCUCGCUAACCAUCACCCUCGGCUGCAGCGGCCAGGCCACCCGCGCCGUCAUCGACGAGACCGUCGCCGCGCACCACGCCGGGGCAGACUUCGCCCUCGUCCUCGUCCCCAGCUACUUCCACUUCGCCAUGGACGCGGGCGCCAUACUCGCCUUCUUCACCGAGGUCGCAGACCACAGCCCCCUCCCCGUCAUGCUAUACAACUACCCCGGCGUCGCGGCCGGGCUGGACCUCGACUCCGAGAUCCUGGUCGCGCUGAGCAGGCACCCCAAUAUCGCCGGCGUCAAGCUGACGUGCGGCGGGAUCGGGAAGGUGCCGCGGGUGACGGCGGCGGCGGAGCCGCCGUUCGCCGUGCUCAGUGGGCAGAUUGACUGGAUGGGGCCGGCGAUGGCGGUGGGGGCCAUUGGGGCGAUUACGGGGAUGGCGAAUUUGUAUCCGCGGACGUGUGUCGAGCUGUACGAGCUGUAUAAGGCCGGGAAGACGCAGGAAGCUACGGAGCUGCAGUUGCAAGCCGCAACAGCCGAGUGGGCGUUCGCCAAGGGCGGCAUCAAUGGGAGCAAAUGGGUCGUCGCGAAGAUGCUGGGCUAUCCGGAGACCAGCGCCGCGUGUCGAAGACCGUACCCUCUCUUCGCGGACGCCAGCAAACAGAAAUGGAUGCUCGAGCUGGCCGAGAAGCUGAAGCCUGUUGAGGAGGGACUGGCCUCCCGCGCCGCAUAG